AUGGACGUGGACGGGCACGGAGACGACCAGGCCAAGUCCACCCGCGUGGGGUACAAAAAGUCCCGAAACGGUUGCACGCGAUGCAAAAAGCGGCGAGUCAAGUGUGACGAGGAAGUCCCUUGCUCUGCCUGCGUUAGGCACAAAGUCCGCUGUAGUCUGGAGCUCUCAGUCUCGGAAUCUGGUUAUCAAGAUAGAUAUCCUCGUUCGCUUCAACCACCCACCCACAGCCUAUCUGCUGGCAGUCCGUCGUCUCUGUUAUCGGGCUCGUUGUUCUCGAACCCACUAGAAGAGCCUGAUUGCUGGGUUUCGACAGCUGAGCUUAUGCUACACUACACCACCGUCACCUACAAAACCAUGGUCUUCUCGGAACGAACUGUUCCCACUUUUCAGCAGCAUGUACCACAAAUUGCUUUGGCGUACCCAUGGUUUCUACGUCAAAUAUUGGCUUUCUCGGGUUAUCACCUUGCGCAUCUUCGGCCGGACAAGAGACAGUUCUAUCUGCUCCAGGCGUCAAAACACCAGAAUGCUUCCAUCCGUGGAAUAAGAGAAGCGCUUUCCGAGCCGGUAAACUCCAAGAACUGUCAUGCUCUAUACGCCAGCACCACGUUCAUAGUCGUCAACAAAUUCGCAGCCUUCCCCAACUGCGAAGACUUUCGCAAUCAUGGGUGUUCGCAACCUGUUCAAAGCUUGAUGGAGAUCUUCUCUCUUGUCAACGGGAUGGAGGCCGUCCUUCAUUCGCCAGGAGCUGCAGACCUUUUCACCGGCCCUCUUCAGGAGCUUUUUUGCGAAACGCCAGAGAUGCACGUAAGCAGCUAUCUCUUCCGUGGCCUCUCCGCGAGGUUACCCGAGCUAGCUCGUCGAAUAUCAUCAGACUAUAUGGAAGACCAAUGCAGAGCUGCUCUGACCUCGGCCGUUGAGACCAUCACCACUUGUGUCAACGACUCAUUGACAAGCUUGAACAAAGCAUCCCCGCCAGAACUGCGAGGGUUGUUCUGGUGGCCCAUGACCGUCUCACGAGAUUUCUUGGAUCUGGCUGUAUCUGGCCAUCCGCUGGCUCUUGUCAUUCUCGCAUAUUACGAUAUUCUGCUGUACUGGGGAGAGUCUGAGUACUGGUUCUUUGAGAGCUGGGCGGAAACACUCAUCACCGCCAUUGUGGAAAAGGUCAAGGGAUCGCCCUGGGAAGACCUGCUGAACUGGCCAGUUGAGGUCAUCCUGCAUCGUUAG